UCAAUGGUCCUCCGAGAAGAAGAAGAAGAAGAAGAGGAAAAACAAUGUCAGUCUCGGCCGUGUGUGUUUCAAGAAUGGUGGUGCUCCGCCGUUCUCCACCGUCACCCAUCGGAGUUCCAAUCGGCGGCUCCCCCAAGACCUUACCGGCUCUAGGCAGCAACAGCGUUGGGGGACUGGCGAUAGAGUGCUCGUCUCGGCCGAAGAAGAAGGCGACCUCCCUUCACAUAAAGACGCGGCCCAAAAAGACCCAACCUUGGGACGUCCGCCGCAAAGGGCCGACUUUCUACCCCCCUCUCCCGCCGUUGCCCCCCGAGUGGACACUUGUCUCCGAAGAAAACACCGCCGCAGCCGCCCCGCCAGAACCCGUUGCUAAUUCUGAGUAAUUCUCUUUGUUUAUGAUGUUAAUUUGUCUGCUUUUGUUGUUGUUUUGACAAUAUUCCUCUGUAUUAUGAGUUGCAAAUUGUUUACUCCCUGUCACUUUAAUCCGAAUCAUUUCUCAAA